AUGUCGGACGAACAGAUCUCGCUGCCAUACUUCGUGGCCAUACUGGUCGUCUUCGGCUUGAUAAUACGAUACCUCUUCUUUGGAGGCCCCGCGCCCCAGCAGCCCUCCCGAUCACCGGAGGCCUUCCUCAGGUCAAGAGAGAUCGCAGUCGAUAGGAUACAACAGAUGUUUCCGCAGGCGGAGAGGCGAAGUAUCCUCUGGGACCUGCAACGGAACGGGGGCAAUAUUCAGAACACCACCGAGCGGAUUCUCGCCGGCCGACUGGACACGCCCCCGAUCACCUUCCAACCUCCCCCGCCCCCCGGUGGCAGCACCAGCACGGUAACAGCGCCCCGACAACCGCACAAGCCGGCGCAACCGGACCUGAUUACGCGAUAUAACUUGAAGGGGAAGGUUGCGUCUGAGGAGGCGACGGAGGACGACAAGAAGGGCAAGGCGUGGAGCUCAAACCGGGAAGAGAGGCACGCUUCGCUACAGAAGAGGAGGGAUGAGAUGAUUCUGGCAGCCAGGAGGAAGAUGGAGGCCAAGAUUGCCGCGGAGAAGGCGAUGCAGGGAAGCUGA